GCGCACAUGGCGCUGGAGGUGACCGCGGUUUGUGUAACAGCUGGAGCAGCGCGGAGCUCCAAUGCUACUCCUCCCACGGCGGUCCAAUGAUGAACCAGCAGGAAGGUGGCGCAUAUGGUUGCCUCUUGCGCUCCAGACGCGAGUAAUGAGCAGACACAGCGCCUUUAUUUCUGUAUGUACUUUCACCAAAUUCGGCGUUUUGACAGGUGAACGUUGUAGCCAGGUGGCUUUUGCAGAAUGGGCUUGUUUCUGUACCUGGCUGGACCUGUCAGUCCCAGCGAGGCGGUCAUCGUGGACGAGGUACAGCAAUGUGAGGGAGUGAAUAACCAAAGCUACGUGUGUGAGUCGGGUCACUGCUGUGGAGAUUCUCAGUGUUGCAGCAAUUACUACGAACUGUGGUGGUUCUGGCUAGUCUGGGCCAUCAUCUUCAUCCUAAGCUGUUGCUGUGUGUGUCAUCACCGUCGCACUAAACACAGACUGCAGCAGCAACAGCGGCAGCAUGAGAUCAACCUCAUCGCUUACAGAGAGGCUCACAACUACACUUCACCACCAUUCUACUUCAGAUUUCUGCCCAAUUAUCUUCUUCCUGAGUAUGAAGAGGUGAUGAAUCGUCCUGCUACCCCACCUCCCCCUUAUAGUGCCUUAAAUGCUGGACCCCCAGCAUGUACCACUGCUGACCAGCAGGAGGCGCACUGCCCAUCCAGACAAGCCACUCCAGUGCCCCCUGUCUCAGAGACACUGUGCUCUAGAGCCAACAUAGAGGAGUUCCACACCUCUGGAGUGGAAGUGUAUCUCCAUAAAGACAACAGCAAGGUCCAGACCCUGGAGGAGAUGUCCAGUGUGGAGAAGCAGGAUAUGAGCAGGGAAGGUCAGCUAAGGGACGUCGAGGAGAAGGAGAGGAGUGCGGGGAGACGGCGUCGCUUCACCGGGGACUCUGGGAUCGAGGUGUGUGUGUGUGGGAGAGGCCAAAGUUCCAAAGAGUUGGAAGGCCUGUUGAGCGAGGAAAGCCAAGAUGAUUUUGUGGAAUUCUGCGAGGGGUGUGGCCACCGUUCUUAUGGGGAUGAGGAACAGGGGGCAGAGCAUGGAGCAUCACCUCAUCCAGUGUGCCUGAAUUUGCACACAAUUAAUGAACUGGAUGGGCCUCACCAUGGAGACAUGCAGUUCCAAAACUGUGAUGGUACCAAAUGAAGAGGAAGUGAAGAACAGGGAACUUGCUAGAGAUUAAGACUUAAGAAGAACUUUUAGGAGAGAAGAACUUGCUGGAGAGAACCGUUAAAACUUGCAAGAAAGACUUGCUGGGGUGAUGAGCUUGACAGAGAGAAAGACUUGCCAGAAAAAAAUCUCACUAGAAAGAAGAGUGGCUAGACACUCACAAAAACUGGGCUAUAUCUAUGCUGUCUCCUUAUUUGAACAGUCUAUAUAUGUGAAUAAGCAUACUGACAAUCAGAUUUAAGUCUUAUAAGGUGCCUACUUUCAUUAUGACAGCUUUGGCUGAUGUGUGUAACUACAUUUCUUCAGCAGUCCUAACAUAUCAAAGGUGUAGUUGGAGGCGUGCAGGUCUGCAUCUUUACUUUGAUUCCUCUCUGAGGUCAUUUGUUGCCUGAUGUCCGUGAUGGGCAGCUUUCUCUGUGAAAAUAUACCAAAAAAUGGACCGUGCCUUAAAUCUGAGCUGAUGAAUGGACUCUCAGGUGAGCUCACACAACUGACGGUAAGGAUUUUUACCAAGACAUCAAUAGAAGUGUUAUGCUUAAUAUGUAGCAAAUUGUAUAUGUGCUUAUCUCAAUUGCAAAGACGUAAGGCAGUAGUGUGUGAAAUGCUAACAAAACCAGAAAGCAUUAAAAAUUCAGUUUGACCUGUUAAAUUGAAAACAGAAAACAUGAUAUUUGAUGUUUUACCUUAUGAACGUUAGUGUCUUUUGUAAAUAUACCUUCAAUCCAAAUUUGAUGCCUGCAAUACGUUUCAAAAUAUUUGGGACAGGAACAUAUUAACCACUGUUACAUAAUCUUGGAAGAUGCUGUUUUUCUGUUAAUGUUGGUCUCAGAUUACCAAACAAAAUUUCACUGUAUGUGUGCAAGAACCUUCCCUUUUAAUAACACUUAAUAACCUUUUGGCCAUUCCUCUAUAUUACAAAUCUUCAGCUGUGAAGCCAUACAGGGCCUUCAUUGAUGUAUAUUACUGUUCAUAGUGCACAACAGGCAUUCAUUUGGACGUCAGGUAUGCAGGCAAACCAGUCUAGCACCUGCAGGCUCUGAUUAUGCAACCAUGCUCAUGUAACACACGCAGUGUUUGAUGCCAUUGUCAUGUUAUAAUAAGCAUGAAUGUCCCUGAAAAAGAGCUUGUCUAGACGGCCGUGCAUUGCUGUUGUCGGAAAAAAACCCUUGAAUCUCAAUUUUUGCCAAUUUUCAAAAAUUGCCAAAUCCUGUGGCUCUUUACAUUGUAUGUAAAUUUAAUGAAGUAGUGAUCAUAAGUAAUGGCCUAAAAUGACUUGGAAAAAUGUUUGAUUGACUUGCAUUAAAAGUAAAGUAUGUUUUUUCCUUCUCCUGCAAAAUUAUCUGAAGGGUUUCAGAAGCACUCAAAAUUUUUUACAUAAGGUUUUUUUCAUUUUAUAUAAUCUUUUAGUUGAGUGAUUCAAACAAGAAUUCCUAGAUACAUUGUGCAAAUAGCCGUUAAAAAGUCUUAUCUUAGAUUGUUAACUUAUGGCAUCUGCUAUGCAUAGUGCAGUCUUGUGUUUGUGCAUUCACAUACAAUGUUUAUUGACUGUUGUUGGUCAAAAAGUUCCUGAGCCCAUGUACUGACAUCCAUUAAAGAAACGUGCCGGUUUUUAAAGCAGUGCCAAGGGUUUGAAGGGCAUGGGUUCAGUUGCCAUGUACGCACAGAGAUUUCUCUGGAUUCUGAAUCUUUUGAUAUUAUGCCCACCAUAAAGGGCAAAAUACCUAAAAUCCUUUCAUUCGCUCAACUGUUCUUAAUACUGUUGUAUUAUUAUU